AAAGAAACAAACUAUUCUACUAACGAAACAGAAACUGAAAAUGAAACUGAAUAUGAAACUGAAAAUGAAACUGAAUAUGAAACUGAAAAUGAAACUGAAAAUGAAACUGAAUAUGAAACUGAAAAUGAAACUGAAAAUGUAAGUGAAAAUGCGUCCAACGAUACCACUACCAAUGUAAUUAAUGAAAAUUACAAUCAUUCACAAGAUAUUUUAACUAAAAUCACAGAACUUAAGAAAUCUAGUGAUUUUAAAACUGUUUACAAAUUCCUUGAUGAACUUUCUUCGAAAGGAAACCAUGACAUGAUUUCAAAAUCAAUCGAAGCAGGACUUUGGAAAAAGAUUGCUCCUAAAAAAUAUGAAUAUGAUUCUGAGAGGAAUGUUCUUUAUUUUGCAAUUGAAAAGGGAAAUCUCAGACUCGUUCGAUCAUUCAUCGAAUGUGGUGGUGACAAAGAAACAAAGAAUAAAAACAGAUAUACUCCACUCAAUUAUGCAUCAUCUAAUGGUAAACUUGAAAUUGUUCAAUAUCUUAUCUCAGUUGGAGCUAAUAAAGAAGCAAAGGAUAUUUAUGGAUAUACUCCACUCAUUGAAGCAUCACAAAAUGAUCAUCUUGAAGUUGUUCAAUAUCUUAUCUCAGUUGGAGCUAAUAAAGAAGCAAAGAAUGAUAUUGGAUAUACUCAACUCAUUAAGGCAUCAGAAAAUGGUCAUCUUGACGUUGUUCAAUAUCUUAUCUCAGUUGGAGCUAAUAAAGAAACAAAAGAUAGUGAAGGAUAUACUCCACUCAUUUGGGCAUCAUAUAAGGGUCAUCUUGACGUUGUUCAAUAUCUUAUCUCAGUUGGAGCUAAUAAAGAAGCAAAGAAUAAAAACAGAUAUACUCCACUCAUUUGUGCAUCAAGGAAUGGUAAACUUGAGAUUGUUCAAUAUCUUAUCUCAGUUGGAGCUAAUAAAGAAGCAAAGGAUAUCCAUGGAUAUACUCCACUCAUUUGGGCAUCACAAAAUGGUAAUCUUAAAGUUGUUCAAUAUCUUAUCUCAGCUGGUGCUAAUAAAGAAGCAAAGAAUAGAGAUGGAUAUACUCCACUCAUUUGGGCAUCCCAAAAUGGUAAACUUGAUCUUGUUCAAUGUUUUAUCUCAUUUGGAGCUAAUUUAGAAGCAAGGAAUAAUUAUGGAUAUACUCCCCUCAUUUGGGCAUCACAAAAUGGUCAUCUUGACGUUGUUCAAUAUCUUAUCUCAGUUGGAGCUAAUAAAGAAGCAAAGAAUGAUAUUGGAUAUACUCCACUCAUUAUUGCAUCAUUAAAUGGUCAUCUUGAAGUUGUUAAAUAUCUUAUCUCAGUUGGAGCUAAUAAAGAAGCAAAGGAUAUUUAUGGAUAUACUCCACUCAUUGAAGCAUCACAAAAUGAUCAUCUUGAAGUUGUUCAAUAUCUUAUCUCAGUUGGAGCUAAUAAAGAAGCAAAGAAUGAUAUUGGAUAUACUCAACUCAUUAAGGCAUCAGAAAAUGGUCAUCUUGACGUUGUUCAAUAUCUUAUCUCAGUUGGAGCUAAUAAAGAAACAAAGGAUAGUGAAGGAUAUACUCCACUCAUUUGGGCAUCAUAUAAGGGUCAUCUUGACGUUGUUCAAUAUCUUAUCUCAGUUGGAGCUAAUAAAGAAGCAAAGGAUAUCCAUGGAUAUACUCCACUCAUUUGGGCAUCACAAAAUGGUAAUCUUAAAGUUGUUCAAUAUCUUAUCUCAGCUGGUGCUAAUAAAGAAGCAAAGAAUAGAGAUGGAUAUACUCCACUCAUUUGGGCAUCCCAAAAUGGUAAACUUGAUCUUGUUCAAUGUUUUAUCUCAUUAGGAGCUAAUUUAGAAGCAAGGAAUAAUUAUGGAUCUACUCCCCUCAUUUGGGCAUCACAAAAUGGUCAUCUUGACGUUGUUCAAUAUCUUAUCUCAGUUGGAGCUAAUAAAGAAGCAAAAAAUAAAUACGGAAAAACUGCAAUGAUGUUUUCAAAAGGUAAAGUAAGAGAUUACUUAAAAACUAUUUGUUCCAAUUAA